GUUCUUCUGGUCAAAUAUGAAUGAACUACCUGCGGUGGAGUAGGUCCACGUUCUUGGACCAAGCCGCCACCGUUUAUAUCCAUUUGCCCACCCGCCAACCAGCGUUGCCGAUGAGAAAAAAAAAUCCAUUAUUUUCUCUCCUUUUUCGCCUCGGAACAGUUGAGCUGAUCGAUCGCCGGAUCAGAGUAGAUUAUCUCCGGAGCCAAGUGACCGGUGGCGGCCAUUAUUUUUCCUUUUUAGUUUAUAUUUUUUUGAAUUAUUUUUAUUUUUACGCUCAUCGUCAUCACACGUCGCCGUCCCUUUCGGUUUCAUCAUCGAUCGGUUUCAUCCACUAUCUUCCCCUCCCCAAUAAGAAUUCGAUCUUUCGGUUCUCGGUGAACCACCCCCCGUGUUUUCUUCGUAUAUAGCGGAUCUUCUGGGUCUCUGAUCCUGUGAAUUUCGGGAAUUUUUGUGAUCGAUCGAUCGAUCCAUGGCGGGGCUGCAGCGGUCGAGCGAGACGUUCCGGCGGUCGGGCUCGUCGGGGCUCGUGUGGGACGACAGGCACCUGUCCGGGGAGAUCAAGCCGGCGGACGGCGGCGGCGGCGGCGCGGCGGCGAGGGUGGAGCGCAGCCGGUCGGCCGGGCACGGCGGGUACAGGGCGGCGGGGCGCGUCCAGCCGGCGCUCGACCCGCCGUCGCCGCGCGUCGCCGUGUGCGGCUUCUGCAGGUUCUUCGGCGGCAGCGGCAAGGGCGGGAGGAGCGGCGGCGGCGCCGCCGCCGCCGUCGCCGGCGGCAAGGCCAAGGCUAGGCGCCACUCGUCGUCGUGAUCCGUCGAGAGCUAGAGCGACUCAUCGUCUCAUCAUCUGUACAUACAUGCAAUUCCCCAUCUGAUCGGAUCAUGCUCCAAUCCAUUAGUCCAUUUCGUAGCCUUUUUAUUUUUUCAUAUAGUUUCUUUGCUUAUCUUGUAAAUUGUUUCAUGUCAAGUAGGUGAUUAGCACUAGAAAACUAUGACGUGCAAGCAACUAUGAACUAUUAAGUAUUUUUCAUGUGAACAGUGAAUGUGUCCGUGGAGUAUCAUCUGCAGAGCUUGAUAAUCUUAUUUCUUGUAAUUAAUCUAUUCGGACGAUAUCAGAUUUUCUUUUUCAUA